AUGAGAUCCCCUCUUCUCUUCCGUGUUGCCCUCCUCCUUCUCUUCUUCUUCUUCUUCACCUCUCAAGCUGUGGCCCAGAGAAAGCUGCUGCAAUUGGAAUGGGAGCCGAUCAGAGACCUAAACGAUCCAUCCAUCGUUAAGGUCAUACACUUCGCGGUGUCGGAGCAGAGCAGGACGCACUGGGGGCUCGCCUACACGCUCAUCAGCGCGGAGAGCGGCGAGCAGCUCUCGGGGCCUGAGGGGGCGUACUACCUCGUCAAGCUCAAGGUGAAGCCCCAAGACGAAGAUGUUGGGAUCUUCCAGGCCUCGGUGUAUGAGUCUAAGACGCAGAACUACUUGCAGCUCAUAUUCUUCAUGCGGCUUUAA